CCUCCACCACGUUGCUUGCUCUUUCUUCCAACCCCAUACGCUCCUUCUUCGCCAAGCGAUUGUUCUCGAAUUGUGGUCCUUUCGCUUCUUAUCGCUCUUUCUCAUCGAGAUCGGUUCAUUUCGUGCCUUGAUUUUUACCUACUACCUAAGGUUCUCCUUGUUCAUCCUCGCUCUCCUCACCAGCACCAUCAGUCAACAACGCAACCUUUUGCUGUAAAUUAAGCUGUUUGCGUUGCGUUCUUCCAGGUCUACAAUCGACUCUUGCACUAUUACCACGACUUUUGAGAAAAGCCAAUACAGAAAGAUUCAGUAGCACGUUAUCGCUAUGCUUAUCAAAGCCGCCCUCAUGGCCCUUGGGGCCGCGGUUGUCGGCGCCGUGCCUCCUCUGGAGAUCAAGGGAGCUGACUUCAUCAACCCCGAGACUGGCGACAAAUUCCAGAUUGUUGGUAUGGCCUACCAACCUGGAGGCAGUGCCGGUUACGAUCCUUCCAGCGGAAGAGAUCCUCUCAGUCACAAAGACGAAUGCAUGCGAGAUGCUGCUCUCAUGCAGAUUCUUGGUAUCAAUGCGAUCCGUGUUUACAACCUGGAUCCUAACAUCAACCAUGAUGAGUGCGCUAGUAUUUUCAAUGCUGCCGGCAUGUACAUGAUGAUUGAUGUCAACUCUCCUCUGCCUGGUGAGGCUCUUCACUCGGAGAAGCCAUGGGAGAGUUACUACACAGCCUACCUUAACCGCACCUUUGCCAUCACCGAGGCUUUUGGCAACUACCCAAAUACCCUUCUAUUCUUCUCCGCCAACGAGGUCAUCAACAACCAGGCCACUGCUGAGUUUGCCCCUCAGUAUAUCCGUGCUGUCACCCGCGAUCUCAAAAACUACAUCAAGAACAACUUGAAGCGCCAAAUUCCUGUUGGCUAUUCCGCCGCUGACGUCCGCGAUGUUCUGUGGGAUACUUGGAACUACCUUCAGUGCGCCGAUUCGGAGGACAAGGGUGAUAUGAGUCGUGCUGACCUCUUUGCGCUCAACUCUUACUCAUGGUGUGGACCUGAGGCCACCUUUGAGACUUCUUCUUACGACGAUCUUGUUGCUGGCUUCAACUCAACCUCUAUCCCGAUCUUCUUCAGUGAGUAUGGGUGCAACAAACCUCAACCUCGUUACUGGAACGAGACUCAAGCCAUGUACGGAGACGAAAUGACCCCGGUCUUCUCGGGUGGCGUCGUGUACGAGUAUACUGAGGAGGACAACAACUAUGGCCUCGUCAAGAUUACUGGAGACAAGCUUCGCAUUCUCGGAGACUUCAACCGCCUCAAGAACCAGUUUGCUAGGAUUAACUGGAAGGAGGUCCAAUCUCAGCCUGCAAGCAAGAGCUCUCCGAAGGCUCCGGCUUGUAAGGCUAGCAUCAUCGAGGAUAGCGGUUUCGACAACAACUUUACUCUUCCAACUAUCCCUGACGAUGCACAAAAGCUGGUCGACAACGGUAUUAAGAACAAGCCUAGCGGAAAGAUCAUCGAUAUCUCGGACUGGAACGUCAAGCUUGAUGUCAGUAACGCUGAUGGCAGUGCUAUGAAGAAUCUUAAGGUCAUUCCCCUGAAGGACGACGAGUCCAAUGCGUCUGGUAAGAACGACGCAGACACAGGGAGCGAGACUACCGAUGACAAUAACAGUACCAACACCGACAACAGCACCAACUCAAAUGGUGGAGAUGCCAAGGAUGAUGAGGAUGCUGCUAUUCUUAACCGCCCUUUGGCUUGGGCUAUGGCCCUACCUUUGGCCGCCAUGGUGUUUGCGCUUUAGGGGCCUGUCUGGAACAGGCACAAGAAGCAAGCGGAAAACAAAUAAUGUGCUGCAUUUGGUACUUAGAACGGGAAGUCAUAACACGUUUGAUUUCUUUAGAUACGAAAAGUAUACGAUACCACCCGCCCCACCAUCUGGUGACAUGACGACUACUUCUCAGGCUCAGAUUCUGAGCCUGCUCACUGGAAGGUUCUUGAGAUCCUCUCGAUUUGAGCUUUUUAUACAGAUACACUGUUUGUUAUUGACUUAAGAAUUACA